AUGUUGGCCAUGUGGGUGAAUGAGCUCGAUUAUCUCUUUCCCGGUACCAGUCAGCAACGUGAGCGACAGGCCGAAGAUUGUUUCAGUCGGGGUCUUGUUGACAAACUCAACUUGCUGCAAUGCCACGACUGCGAUUCGCCUUAUCUGCCCUCGCCUAUCUACAGCUCAAAUGAUACCUCACCUCGAAGGGGCUGGACGAGAAAGUCGCAUGUGCAGGUGGGACGUGGAUCGUAUGUGUCCACGAGAACCACAUCGACAUCCCUGAACGCCUCGUCCACAGGGCCACCGAUAGUCACAGUCAGAGUCGAAGCCUCGUUCUACUGCCUGUACUCUCAUUCACCUGUUCCAUACACUUAUCCGACAGGCUCUAGAGACCGGAUCGAAGUGGAGCAGUGGACCGAGUCGACGGCACGCCGACACAAUCGGACAACCGACGAACUGACGAGGAAGCUGGCCAAGCGACCGGUAGAGCUUGAGCAUCGCGGUGGUCGGCUUAUCAUCCGGCUGGAUCAGAUGGAGAAAAAACUACAACUCAACUCACCCCAAUGUGGAAGCUUCUUUGGUGAUUGGAGGAUGAACCGUUAUCUGGUUCCCCUUCAAACAUGCGCGGAUAGACAGGACCUCAGUAACCUAUGCGUGAUCAUUUUUGUCUUUGCCCCGACUAGCCGGUCUGGUCAAGUCGAGGGGUGUGUUGAACUAGACGCAGAAUGCGUUUUGCACCCCCUCGAACCUCUACAAAUUGGCUCCCAAGACCCAAAACUGGGUUUAAUAUGUGCAGGUCCACCCUCGUUGCAGGCGAAAGUCGAAGCCAGCAAGAAUAUCAUUGCUUCCGAUAUGUCAGCCGAGGGCAUUUUCGGGCUUUACAAACUCGUCGGUAGACUAUUGUCUAUUCUGACAAUAACUCAAUAG